AUGGCCACCACAUCUGCGGCCUCCCUGGCCUCGAAAAAAGCACGACCACGUGGCCGCAAGCGGCGGCGCACCGGUGGCGCUUCGAGGUACCUGGCGAAGAGUCGCAGCGGCGCCCUCAAGGCGCCACCCCUCCCUCGCACCCGCCUUCGGGCCGGGCCUUUGGGUGGGUAUGUCGCGAGGGGUGUUGGCUAUGCGAGAUGGUUGCUUUGUGUUCUGUUGGAGUUGGUCGCAAAGGCCAGCUGUUCAAGUCUUGAACAUGAUGAAGAGGUCAGACAUCUUUGCACGACAAAGCAGCUCAAAGCUUUGGAUACACCUGCCAAGAUUGACAUGGAAGCUGACCCCAAGUCGGUAGGAACAUGGUCUUCCAAGGAGCGCCUGCAGGAGGCCGCGGUGAAGGCCUUCGGCAAGGCGAAGCAGUUGGCGCAGCGCGCCACGUCGCGUGGCUCGCCACGAAAUCAGCCGUGGCAAGGGCAGCAGGUCGCCGCAGCCAACGCCGCACUGGCCGAGAGGCACCUGGCCGCGAGUCGUUGGAACGCGCAGGGCAUCGAGUUGGAUCGGCAGCACCGUUGGGAGGAGGCUGCUGAUGUCUUCCGCAGAGCAAUGCAGGUCUUGCCGGAGUUCGAUGCACGGACCGCCAACAACCUGGGCACAGUGGGGUGGGUUCGAUGGGUGGGCCAUGGGUCGGCCAUCGGACCGUUGGAAAGAACGAAUCGAGUGGAUGUGGCUGUGACAGUUCAGAUCGAGUCGAGUUUGAUGUGUCUAAGAAAGGUGUUUGGGGUGGGUGCCAGGAGGGUCUAA